GAUUUGUGAAUAUAACCAAAAUAAACCUCAAAAUGCCUAAAAUUAAGAAGGAUAUCGAUAAACUGAAGCAUCCAAACAGUAGAAAAACGUUAAAGAUCAUCAGCAAAAUCAAGAAACACGAGAAAAAGGAUCAGAACAAAGUAGGAACACACAUAAAACAAAACUUAAUCGGUGAAAAGAUUCUUUGGUUUAAAGAGAGGUUACCAGAAGACUGUGUGGUUUUAUCGAAAGAACAGACUUUGGAACUGAUAGAGGAGUAUUUGGCGCGGUUUGACGAGGAGUUGGAGCAGAUUGCAUUAAAGAAUUCUGUAGGACAGAGGAGAAAUCGUCAGCAUGCUAGUAGGGAGGAUAUUAUAAAUAUUACAAAGAAACAGGAACAUGAAGAGUUUGAAACUUGUGGUAUAGAGAUGCCUGACCUCCUAGACCGGCAGCAAAUGGAAGUAUUGAGGAAUUGGAAUGGGGAAUUACGGUUUUUACAGCAUUUUAAGCUCAGAAGAAUAGCAAGGAAACAUUUAAUAUAGUAUUAAGAUUAGCUACUGUGUUUUAUUAUUUAACUCGUUGAGUACUGUCAUUAUAAACACAAUUAAAGGACAAUAGGUUGCGGUCACCGGUGACCGCUCAGUGUUUGAUAGUUUAAACCCUUUAGAGACUGUUUGGUAUCAAUUCACCUGCAUAUUGUAAUAUAAUGUUUACUGUGUAUUCUCUGUCUUACAUAUGCUAACACUCAAUUUCAUAACAUUUUGCAAGAUACUGUAACCUUAUUAUAGAUUAUCAAAGAGUAGAAAUGUUUUAAAUUUGACUUCUAUUUCUAGAGUUAUUACACAAUCAUUAAUAUUCUUGUGAAUUAAAAACAUGCAGGGUGUCCCUAUAGUCGACAAUCAAAUGGCACCAGGUGAUUGGCUAUUCUUUUCUAACUAAAGCAGUUGGUUCAGAAUUUAUGAUUCCAUAAUACUGAAGCACUAUUCAGGAUAAU